AUGGACUUCCCUGCCCCAUUUCACGUCAUCGUCCACCACAUCCCCUCCCAAACGCCAAACCUUGUGGCCUACGAGAGAGGAACAUCGACCUCAAAGAAUGCUUUGAUUUUCGUGGGAGGUCUUACCGAGGGCCCGCAUACCAAUGCCGUCGUGGGUGUGUUAGCCAAGAAGUUGGAGGGUUCUGAGUACGGCGUGUGGGAGCUGCGGAUGCGAAGCUCGUUCACAGGUUUCGGGUACUCCAAACUCUCUAAUGAUGUUGAGGAUAUCUCUGCUUUAGUUGAGUACCUCCGCAAGCUUGGAAAAGAGAAAGUUGUUCUCAUGGGAGCGUCCACCGGUAACAGUCUUUGCCUCUGGAAAUCACUUCAGCACACUGACACGUUCUUGCUCUUCAUAGGUUGCCAGGACUGUCUCGAGUACACAAAGCUCAGAGAACACAACAGCAACCCGGUCGAUGGCUACAUCCUCUUGAACCCGGUUUCAGACAGACAAGCUGCUGGGCUUAUUAUGUCACAAGAGGAGUAUGAAAAGAGCAUCGGGCACGCGCAGAAGAUGAUUGCCGAUGGCAUGCAGAAUGAGGCCAUGCCAACCUCGCUGAUCCCUUUCAUAUUCACAUCUCCUAUCACGGCUUACCGAUGGAACUCGCUUGGAGCAAAAGGUGGCGACGAUGACUACUUCUCCUGGGAUCUUGAUGACGCCACCGUCCAAGAGAAGUUCGGCCAAGUCCAUAAACCCAUUCUUCUGCUUCCUGGGGAGAAAGACGAGCUUGUUCUACCUUCCGUCAAUAAAACAGAGCUACUGGGGCGCUGGAUUCAGGCGUGUCCGAAGGGAGUGCUUGAGGUCCAGGAAUGGGUUGGCGACACGGCCAGAAGAUUUAUGGAACUUCUAUGA